UCUUUAGCAAAGGCGUGGCUUGCUGCAUGUGUUUAGUUUUUCUUCCAUAUCCAUCUCUAGCUAUCUAGCUCUAGCUCUAGUACUGUCAUGACGUGCUACUUUGUGAUCGUGGGCCACAAUGACAACCCUCUCUUCGAGCUGGAGUACCCUCCAAGGCCAGCUGACCCCCCAAAGAUUGACGAUAAGCGUCACUUGAACCAGUUUGUGGCACACGCUGCUCUGGAUUUGGUGGACGAGGCAAAAUGGCAGUCGGGAAAUCUGCAUUUGAAGACUGUGGAUAAAUUCAACGACCUCACAGUCAACGGAUUUGUAACAGCAAGCCAUAUGAGGUUCUUGAUUGUUCAUGACACGAGCAAAUCACAGGAAUCUAUGAAGAACUUCUUUCAAGAAGCAUAUGAACUGUUUGUUAAGGCGACACUGAAUCCGUUCUACACACCUAACACACCGAUAACUUCAAACAGCUUCAAAAAGAAAGCAAAUGCAUUAGCAAGAAAGUACCUAGCGUAACAACUGAACAGACUUUAAUUAUCAUGUUUUCUUGCUAUUAUAUUGCAUCAAUUCUUUUUAUGAGAUCAUCGUUUCUUGUGAGUAGACUCUGUGCAAAAAGAAUGGGAAAUGUGUCAUAUUACAAUGCUCUCUUGUCAAAUAUGAAAA